GCGCAAAAUUUUGGUCGGCGCUUUCGUGGCAUAUUUGCCGUGAAAGCGGUAUUUAAUUGUCUUUUUCUUUCCGUGACAGUGUUCGUGAGCAACUUCAGGCUAGCCAACCAUGCAGAACGAGGCCGGAGAAUACGUGGAUCUGUACAUUCCCCGCAAGUGCUCUACGAGCAACCGCAUCAUCCACGCCAAGGACCAUGCCUCCAUCCAGAUCAACUUGGCCAUUGUGGAUGAGCAGUCGGGCCGGGCGACCGGGGAAACGACGGCCUACGCCAUCUGUGGUGCCAUCCGCCGCAUGGGGGAAUCUGAUGACUCCAUCACUCGGUUGGCCCAGAAGGAUGGUUAUGUCUCAAAGGACUACUGAUGAGCGCGUUUAAAUAAAUUGGUGAUCACCAAGACUGUGUACUG